GCAACCAUGGGGAAGCUCCAUAGCAAAAUCAAACACAACACCUACAAAUACAGAACUGAAGGAUACCUGGAAGAGAAUAGUUCUAUUAAAGUGGUCCAGGAAUACAAACCAGCUCACACUGAUGCUGUCAGCUCUAUUACUGCUCUGAAUUCAGCUAUUUGUGUUUCAGGAGGAAAAGAUAAGAUGGUUGUAGCCUACAACUGGAAAUCUGGAGAUUUACUGAAAAAAUUCAAAGGACAUGAAGGGGAAAUCACCAAGGUAGCCUGUGUUUUAGGAUCAAACCAAUUUUUCAGUGCAUCUCGUGACAAGACAGCAAUAAUGUGGGAGUUAAAUGGAAAUUCACAACCAACACAACAGUUUCCAGGCCAUGAUAUGGUUGUUACUGGAUUAGCUGUGAGUCCAGAUUCUUCACAGAUAUGUACUGGUUCUCGGGACAAUACACUGUGCCUGUGGGAUGUAAGCACUGGAGAACGUCUUCAAAGGGUUACCAUUUCAAGAAACCUGGUCACUCAUCUGUGCUGGAUCCCUAGAGAACCACUUAUUCUCCAGACCUCCGAAGAUAAAAUCGUCAGAAUUUGGGACAGUCGAGGGUUGCAAGUGGCUCAUAGAUUUCCUAUAAAGCAGCAUAUUCAGACCUAUUGUGAUGUCAGUCCAGAUGGUUAUAACUGCAUUUCCUGUAGCAGUGGCUUUGAAGGGGAAGGCUGUGAAGCAACGUUGUGGGAUCUACGACAGACUAGAAGUAAAAUAUGUGAGUAUAAAGGACAUUUCCAGACAGUGACAUCCUGUGUUUUUCUGCCGAUUGGGUUAGCUCCAAUGCCAGUCAUUGCUACCUCCUCAUUUGAUUCCAAGGUGAAGAUUUGGAACAGAGAUACUGGAGCCUGCCUUUUUACCCUCCCUCUGGAUGGAUCUGGCCCUUUGACUUCUUUGGCUGUCUGUGACCUCUCCUUCCUACUUUGUGCAAGUUUCAACUCUGGAAUUCGCUUACUCAAGAUCAAUAACAUCAAAGGACUGCAGAUGCAGGAAGUAGCCAAUUUCUGA